AUGGCCGAACUGAAGGAAAUCCUCGUCAUCGGCGGCACAGGUGCUCAAGGUGUGCCUGUUGUCAAGGCCUUGUCUGCGAGUGGACGAUACCGCGUCCGGGUCUUGACUCGUAGUGUCGAAUCAUCACGUGCCAAACAGCUUGGAGCUCUGCAGAAUGUCACUCUGAUCCAGGGCGCCCAGAACAACCAGGAGGACUUGCACAGGGCGUUCAAAGGCGUAUACGGAGCCUGGGUCAACACCGACGGAUUCACUCUGGGGGAGAAGGACGAGCUUUUCUACGGAUUCAGAGCGUAUGAGAUCGCCAGAGGCGAGGGCGUGCAGCACUACGUUUGGGCCAAUAUUGAAUAUGUCUUGGGCAUUGUCGACUACGACGAGGCGUACCACUGCGGCCACAUGGACGGCAAAGGACGAAUCGGAAAGUUUAUCCUUGCUCAAGGCCAGGAUGGCAUGAAGAGCUCUCUCUUCAGCACCGGACCCUACAUGGACAUGCUUUUCGACGGAAUGUUCGUUCCCAGCGAGCAGCCUGACGGAUCGUUUCUAUGGGCCAACCCGUCCCGAGACGAUGCCAAGGUCCCCCUGAUUGCUCUCGACGAUGUUGGCGUUUAUAACCUUUGGCUGUUUGACAACCCCGACGAGGCGGCAGGCCUCGAUCUCUCCGUCGUAACCGACAACGUGAGCUUCCCGGAAAUUGCCAAAACCUUCACCGAGGUCACUGGCAAGCGAGGCGUUUUCAAGUCGACGCCCUUCGAGCACUAUGCAAAAGUUGCAGAGCCAUACCCGGGAGCCUUUGUGAACUGGUCACUUGGUCCAGAUGCGCCUCGGGAUGAGUCUGUCAUGAGGUGGAAGGACAACUUUGGCGCUUGGUGGCGCUACUGGGGAGAAGGUCGUUCCCCGCUUCGCGACACUGCGCUUUUGGAUCGUAUUCACCCCAAACGGAUCAGGAGCCUCGCCGAAUGGAUGAAGCUUGUAGGUUACGACGGCAACCGCAAAUUUGUGUUGAAAAUGGUUGAGGACUGGGCUGCUAAGCAGGGCGGUCAGCCAAAGGCGUAA